CGCGGACGGCGGGAUUUCACGUGAAGUGACUUCAAGGCGUGAAGGGCAAGAGUGCGCGGCGGCGGCACGAGGAGACGAGAUGCAAGCGCUGGCACGGACGAUGCGUGGAAUCGCCGCGGCGGCGCGGCCGGCGGUGGAGGCAGGCCGCCGCGGGCAGGUGCAGCCGGCCCGGGGGAUCGUAGUGGAGGUGAGGGAUGGAAACCUGGAGCGGGCGCUGACGAUCAUGGAGCGCAAGAUGCGGUCGAGCGGCAUGGAGCGGCUGAUCCGGGCCCGGACCGACCACCACGUCAAGGACUCGGAGAAGCGCGUGCUCGCCCGCAAGGCGCUCAUGCAGCGCGUCCGGUCUCAGGAGCUCGGGAAGAAGCUCCGCGAGAUCCUCAUCAAGAAGAUCAGGGGUCAGUGAGACAUAUCUUAGCUGGCAGCACAUCGGCAGUUCACUGGUAGCAUUUCUGUAUGGGUGCUCGAAGUUUGAGCAUGCAAUCAGCCCCCAAUGGUGUAGUGUAGUACUACGAUGGUGGAUCUGUUUAGACCAGCUUGAUAAUAACUCAACUGUGACCUUGGGUGAAAAAGCUUUUGAUGUCUUGCAUCAAGGACAAAUUGAUGAUAAACUGAUAGUGAUUUCUUUUAUGGUACUCAACUUAUUAUCUAUGGACUGACCUGCUGUUAGUA